UCCAGAACAGCUCAUAAUUCCUGUAUUGUCGACUAAUUAGAAGCAUGGCUGCCCCAUGUAGCUACCGCUUCGCCACUCGAGAAGAUGUCCCAAUAAUCUACACUUUCCUUCACGAAGGGUCCAGUGAACAGGACCCUGAAAGUACACCGAAGGUCACAGAGGCGAAACUUCUUGAGACGCUGAGCUUCGUAGAGUCCAGCAAAGAUGUAAGAAGAGGACUUUCAUUCACGCCAGGCUUCGCAAAGACUCUCUUACUUAUCUCUCCCGAAGGAGACAUAGCUGGAAUGGCUAUGUUCUUCUACAACUACUCUACGUGGUCGGCCGAGCCAGGGAUUUGCCUUGAGGAACUCUUUGUAUCCAAAAGAUACCGGCGUCGGGGAUACGCAGGUCUUUUAAUCAAGAGAUUGGCCACUGAAGCUCAGGAGCUGGGUGGCACCAAGUUGGAAUGGAACUGCUAUAGAAGCAACGAGUCCGCUUUGAAAUUCUACGACAGCCUUGGAGCGAAGCGAAUGGAACACUGGAUGACGCUCAGGCUGGAUAAAGAGGCAAUGGAUCAACUAACCAAAGCUGGAGAAAUCUGAAUGGUGCAGUUGACGUCAAGUACGAUUUCCAUAGCGAUCAACUACAACUCGUUAAAAUGGU